AUGGAUAAUAACAAAGUUCCAGACAAAAGUGAAACAAACUCAAGUCAACAGUCGCAAAAUCCUGCAUUAAGUGCACUCGUAAGUUUAAGUAGUCAAAAAAUCUCAACUGGUAUUUUGUUACCUCCAGAUCCAAAUACAUUUCGUCCAUUGGUUCUCCCUCAAGUAGUACUUACUGAUAAUAAUGAAUCAUCAAGUGAUCAGUUGCAUAAUUCUGAAAGUAAUGCUGCCAAAUCUGCAACAAUCAUUGAUUUUUCUCUAACAAAUGCAAAUCCAAUAUUACCAGUAAUAUCGAAUCCAGAACCAUUAUCGUCAUCAACGACAACGCUCGAGCAAAAUGGACAAUUUUUAACUGAUUUUAGUUUUAAUGUUAAUACAACAAUUGUAAAUGAGCCAAAAAGUAAUUCAACUGAAAAUCAUGAAUAUACUACAAUACAACCAUAUUGGUUUUAUUCAAAAAUAAUUCAAGACCGCCUCUUUUGGUUUCCAUUUUCGUUAAUUGAUUCACAGCGACUCGAACAAGCUCAUUUAAACAAAAUAGAAGUAAUUUCAACCAAUGGAAAUCGUUACGAUGUUAACCUUACUUUACGAAAACGUAUUCCGGUUUAUUGGACGGGCACUUCAAAUGAUGUUCGACGUUCGCUGUGGUUUUAUAAAAGUGAAUAUGAUAUACGCUUUAUGCCUUUUGAUGAAGAGACGAAUGAUUUAUUGGAAAACGUUUACAAGAAAACGUGUACAGAAAAAAUUUGGCACACAAAACAUGAAAUUAAUGGUGAAACACUUGUUUUUCAUAGUCCGUCAUUAAUGGCUAUACAUCGUUUAGAAGGAGAAUUAACUGAAUAUACAAGUUUUUCGACUGGAAUACCUCGAACAAGAAUACUAAAACGUGGUCUACCAGAUGAAUUAACUGAGGAUAUUGAAGAAGGUGAAAAAGAAGGCGUUCAACAUUUAUGUUUUGUUGUCCACGGCAUAGGAGAGGGUUGUGAUGCUAGAUUUAGACCGCUUGUCGAUUGCGUUGAUGAUUUUCGUUUUGUUUCACAGACAAUAGCACAUAACCAUUUUAAGCCGUAUUUGGAUGAAGGACAAAUUGAUCGUGUUGAAUUUCUACCAGUUUAUUGGCAUGGGGAUUUGCAUCUUGAAGCGACUGGUGUAGAUGGACGUCUUACUCCCAUUACAUUACCCAGUGUUCCAAAAAUGAGAAAUUUUACCAAUGGCACGUUAUUGGAUAUUUUGUUUUACACAAGUCCUGUGUAUUGUCAAAAGAUUAUAUCUCGUGUUAUAUCUGAAAUGAAUCGACUAUAUGAUAUAUUUUUACAACGAAAUCCAUCGUUUAAGGGACAAGUGUCUGUUAUUGGACAUAGCCUUGGUUCUGUGAUACUUUAUGAUGUGUUAGUUAAUCAAGUAUCUAAUCAAGACGAUCCACAGCUUGAACCAACAAUAGCUCAUGGGUCUCCAAUAGCCAUGUUUCUGACUGUGCGUGGCAUUAACAGUCUAGCUCAAGAUUAUGAAUUACCCACGUGUAAAGGAUUGUUCAAUAUCUUCCAUCCAUACGAUCCUGUUGCAUACAGAAUUGAACCAUUGAUAGAUCCAAGUUGGACAUGCUCGCCGGUUUUAAUGGAACAUCAUAAGGGACGAAAGAGAAUGCAUUUAGGCCAAAAAGUCGAUUUUAUCUAUCUUGAAAUACAAAUAGUGCAAAAUGUAGCUCUUGAAAUUCUCUAUCGAAUGGUGUAUAAACGUCUAUUGUGAAAC